ACGUUAUGGACGUGUGUUGCCUAUCGUUUUAAAUCAUGAGUUACAAAUAUUCUGAAAAUCGGAAGGAUAUUCCUGUCCUGUGUACGAUAUGCAAAAAUGAAUUAUUCAUUCCUUAUUUGUAUUGUAAACAAUGCAGACAGGCUUUGUGCAAUUCAUGCGUGGAACUUCACGAUAAGUUCACAUUGCUUAAAGAUCACACCAAAUAUAAAGUGAGUAAAAUUGAAGAAUGCAAACGAGAGGAGUGUUUUAAAAACAAGUCUGUGAAAGAAAAUCCAGAAUUUUUAGGCGCUGAUAAAGGCUUUACCCAGUAUGAUGAUGCUGACACCGACUUACACAUUACAUUUAAACUACAGACACAGCUGCGCAACAAUAAACUAGAUCCAGACAUCACAGAAUGCAAACGAGAGAUUGGUGUCGAAGGAGCGUCUUUCAAAAACAGCGACGAAUUGAUUCGCAUCGAUGACUUCUUUUACACAAAGGGUGAGGGACGUGAAAAUGAAAAGCAACCCGGUGGUAAAGGAGAAUCUUUACAGAAUGACAAAAGUGUAAACACUAAAAAGACAAACGAGCCCAACAUGGAACCACCAUUGGUUCCACCUAGAAUUAAAAAUUUUCACGUGACAGUACAAAACACUCCUCUGGCAGUAAAAAUAAACGUUGUCGGCAAGAGAGUCUUGGCUGUCAGGACUGAAAGGAUGUUCAUUGAAGACGCGGACUCCAAAGUCAGCAUUGUUUCAAUACCGUUCAAAUUAAUACGGAAAUUUAGCAAUCAAGCAGCUGACGUUCUAAGCAUCGAUGUUGGAAGGAAAUUUGAGUACGGUGAAGGAACAAUCGAUUUUGAAUCAACUGAGGCCACUAAAAUAUUUAACUUAAUGGAAUCAUAUUUGCGAAAGAAACCGUAAUUUAGGUUUACAGCAUAUCAUGGGUUUGAUUUGUAUGUACAUGUUAAGUAUUUAAUAACAUUAUUGCAGACACUAUGAUAUAUUAACGGAAUACAAUUCUAAAUAUGAGCUAUUAUAUAUGCGUUUUAUAUUGUCGUUUUCAUGCAUGUGUAUAUACAUUUGUAUUUUUAAUAUAGAAAUAUCCAAAUACACAUACCACAACGUUUAUGAUAAUAUGUUUAA